AUGACUUCCCCCGCCCAAGACCCUCGACUCCUCUACAGCAUCAACAACAUCAAGGCCUUCCACCUGCAAAAUGGCGACGAACAAGAACUCACCCCGUCAGGGCCCCAGACCCUCUCCCUGCUAAUGGUGCCCACAAGCACCGUUCCUCAGAAUUCCCCCGAGGCCUCGCCAGAGGAGGAUUUCUACCUGCACUUACAUCUCCCGCCAGAGCUGGACCUUGCGCUCCCCGCUACGACCCAGAUCUAUCACCAGCCCCCGAACAGCUACUUGAUUCCGCGAUGGGAUCUGGGCCCUGACGCGGGCGCUUUCAUCCGCAUUCAGUUCCCCAGUAUCGGUUCUGGGCCGGACAAGGUGACUCAGGAGGAUGUCGACACCUUCGAAACCAUUCUGGCGCAGUGUACCGCUUUCUUGGAGCGCGCGGCUCCUCCCAAGGGCCCUGCUCCCUACAACCCGGCCAACUUUGCCCCUGGCGAGGGGUACGUUUCUGCUGGCCCGGCUGGCACUACCACGAAGCAAGAUGCCCAUGGUCGCAUCGUGCUGGUGGACGAGGAAGAUGGUAGUGUGGUGGGUGAGAUGGAGGGGUAUGACGUCGUUGAGAAGCCGGGCGUGAAGCCGGGUUCUAAGAGACCAGUCGAAGUCGAGCUCCCCAGCGAAGGCGAAAAGAACGAGAUCAGCGUCAGCAAUGUCUCCGAAGAAUACCUGCGCAUGGCUCGGCACCCGGCCUACAAGAACUCGACUAUUGUGCAGACCUCCGCCACGGCCUCCCGAUUGCUUGUGACGACAUCUACCUACCUGGCCAACGCCUUGGUUACGGGCGCCGACAGUUUCACGAAGAAAACCAAACCAAACCCGAAGCCCAUGACAUUCUCCGAGAACACACACACCAGGGUCCGUAAGAUCGGCGACUUCUCCCACAGCGCGGCAGACAUCUCCGCCCGCACGGUGGGCCAGGUGGGCAAGGUCGCGCAGAACUUCGGUGCUACUUUGGCUCGUCGCAAGGACAACGGGAAGAACAAGGGCGUCGACAAGGCAGGGAACCCCGACUAUAAGCCUGGCAUGCUGAACAAGUCGAUGAUCGCGUUCUCGACGCUGGCCGAUGGUAUUGAGCAGAGUGCACGACAGGUCUUGACGACCGGCUCUGCGGCCGCCAGUCAGAUGAUCGGACACCGUUACGGAGCGGAAGCUGGCUCCGUUGCUACCGAUUUGACUGGUGGAGUCAAGAAUGUGGGACUGGUCUAUAUCGAUGCUUCCGGUGUGAGUCGCAAAGCCGUGCUCAAGUCAGUGGCCAAGGGCAUGGUCGUCGGGCGUAUGCGCGAUGGCAAGCAAGUGGUGGUUGGGACGGGUGACGGCGGCGAAAUCCCGCCAGGAGUGCCUGGUUCCAGUCGUGAUCCUGUUGCGCGCCGACCCUCGCCAACCCCUACGCCUCCUCCAGCAUACGGUGCCUCGGGCACGAUGUCUCUCGGCGGGACUGGCAUGUCGGGAGGAAAGCGCUAA